AUGGCGGAGCUUAGUUUUGUAAUUCCUAUGUCGGUAAUGACUCUGUUUUGGGGGGUUAUUGGUGGAGUUGUGCCGUGGUUUAUCCCCAAAGGGCCGAACAGAGGGUGAGUAGCUAGCUAACAUGAUAGCAGAAUGUAGCUAGAUACUGCUUUUUCUAACUAUAAAAGUUUGCAAACUAAGGACAUAUUUCAUGCUAGACCUCAAAUGUCUAUUUUAUUCAUAUUCAUGUAAAAUGUGAAUGUGUGUAUGCGACCAAUAACAUUUGAUUGGUUUUUUGUCAGCUGCUAAAUGAUCAUACUUUUUGGCAGCUGGUUCUUUUGUCAACAAUAUUGCUCAUCAUGGCCAACAAUAACUGAGUUGACUUUAAAGUACUAAUAAGCUCUAGUUUUAACUAGAAUAAACUUUAACAUUUGACAAUAUUUUGAGACCUGUCCAUGUUGGAUAAAAAGUAAUGGAAUACAGACUAAUCAAGAUGUCAUUUUGGGACUUCCCCAGUCCAUUUCUGGUUCCCAUCUGCUCUGCCACUUGCAUGUGACUCAGGUUGGCAUGAUGUAGGCCUAGUAGUCUGAGAAAUGAGCACUUGCCAUAAUAAACCAUAGAUAUUGGAGUAACAUUUGGUUUGUAGGCGUACAAAUGUAUAGCCUAAUGUCUUGUUACUGCUUUAUAAUAAUGUCUUGGCCCAGUGCAAUAAUGCCUCUCUCCCCCCUCCACAGAGUGAUAGUUACCAUGUUGGUGCUAACUGCUGUCUGCUGCUACCUGUUGUAAGUACAGUCCUUCCAGGAAUGUAGCAGAAUAUUUCACAGUAUCCACUGAGGCUCCUUCUUAUAUUCAUUUGGCUCAGUUGGAACAGGGUGCAGGCGGGCAACAUCAGGGGUGUAUUCAUUACGGAAACCGUUUACCGUUUUAAGAACCAAAUGGACCCAAACAGAGCAAGCGGAAUGAAAUGGGGCAGGACCUACCUGAAUUUGUUCAAUAGAAACUCUCGUUUGCGUUUUCCGUAUGUUUUGAAACAGAAUCGGUGUAAUGAUUACAGCCCAGUGUUGUGUGUUUGAAUCUUGCAUCAUGCAUAAUGUUGCUUUCAUGAAAGUGUGAAACUGGACUAUUAGCCUAUAUUUGGAGCUAGGGAUGGUGUUAAGCAUCUGUCCCACAUACAGACACAGUGGGAACAUGAUUCUCCCUUAGGUAAUUUUCCAUUAACAUUGAUUGGGCCAACUGCAGCUCGUUUUCAAUGUCCCAACAUCAAUACAUAGUGAUUACCAGUCUUUCACAGAUGUAGACACGCUCAAAGUUUGUCACGGUCGGUUUUGCCGAUAGAGAAAAUAAGUCUAGGCCUAGAGUACGGUAGGUAAUGAUCCUAGAGUACGGUAGGUAAUGAUCCUAGAGUACGGUAGGUAAUGAUCCUAGAGUACGGUAGGUAAUGAUCCUAGAGUACGGUAGGUAAUGAUCCUAGAGUACGGUAGGUAAUGAUCCUAGAGUACGGUAGGUAAUGAUCCUAGAGUACGAUAGGUAAUGAUCCUAGAGUACGGUAGGUAAUGAUCCUUGAGUACGGUAGGUAAUGAUCCUUGAGUACGGUAGGUAAUGAUCCUAGAGUACGGUAGGUAAUGAUCCUAGAGUACGGUAGGUAAUGAUCCUAGAGUACGGUAGGUAAUGAUCCUAGAGUACGGUAGGUAAUGAUCCUAGAGUACGGUAGGUAAUGAUCCUAGAGUACGGUAGGUAAUGAUCCUAGAGUACGGUAGGUAAUGAUCCUAGAGUACGCCUAUUGCUUGUACGGUAGGUAAUGAUUCCAUUCAAUAUAACCUGGUAGUCCUGAGAUGCCAUUUUAAUUUCAUAGUUAAUUAUUUAGCUUCUGAAGUUGUCAGGUGAGCAGAUAAAGCCGUGUCAUGUUAUUUUGCCAUAUGUCCACCAGGGGCCACUGCAGGCCACGUAAUGGGGAUAGUGUCCACUGCAGCAGAGGGAAAAAUCUAGUGAUAUGUUGUCUCCUUCAGUCUGCUGUACUGAGCGCUUAGUUGGAUUCCUCUAUUAUAGCUGACCCUGCUGUCAUGUUCAUCCAUUACUAUAGGGUAGUAUCUUUAUUCUUCAUUUAGAUCCCCAUCAGAUGCCUUAGACGCCUUAGUGAACGCUAUUCUUCCUGGGGUCCACAAACAAAGCCAUUAGACAUAACAGAAGCCAUGAAAGACAUAUGUAGUUGUGUAAUCAUUAGUAUGUGUUGUAUGUUUUCAGCUGGCUGAUAGCGAUCCUGGCACAGCUCAACCCUCUGUUUGGACCAGCUCUAAAGAACGAUACCAUCUGGUACAUGUACUACCACUGGCCCUAG